AUGUGCACGAGAAAGUGCUCAAAGUGCAUUGGAGUCACCCUGCUCCCGCUGGCAGCAUGUGCCAUAGUCUCCAACAUCCUCCUGUACUUCCCCAAUGGACAAGUUCUGCAGCUUAGCGAGAUAACAGAUCUGGUCUGGUUUUUCCAUGGCAUUCUGGGAGCUGGGAUACUGGUUAUUUUGCCGGCAAUCAUGAUGCUGGGAGCAGGCAGAGCAAGGUGUUGUGCUAACAGAUGUGGGAUGCUGCUGUCAGUGGCCCUGGCUGUACUGGGAUUCGCAGGAGGAGCAUAUUGUGCAGUCAUCUCCUCACUGGGACUGAUUUGGGGCCCUCUGUGUGACACAGGUGAUGGAGAAUACCUCUACCCUUUUAGGAACGACAGUCUGGAAGACAACUACUUGUUCAACCAGACAACAUGGAGCAUUUGCAAAGAACCUGAAAAUAUCAUCCUUUGGAAUAUUGUCCUUUUCUCUAUUCUCCUGACCACCGGUGUCAUUGAAGCUAUUCUUUGUUUCAUUCAAGUAAUCAGUGGACUUACUGGCUUCAUAUGUGGCUCAUGUCUGAGGAGAAGAAAGACAAAUAUUUCUGGAAUGUGAACGACCUCCAGGGAACCCCAGGACAAUCCCCGAGCUGCCAGUACCCACACAAUGAAGAUAGUGCACUGUGCUGUACUUAUGAGGGGGUGACAAAGAAAGCUCAAAAUGUUCAGGAGUUUCUUGGGGCAAAAUGAUUUUUUAAUAAAGAAUCGUAGAAUCA